AAUAUCUCGAAGACGCGAAAAUCAUAACGGGGGGCGCGUCUUCUCAUAUUUGGCGCGUGUGACAUGCUUGAAUGCAUCAAUUAGGAACGAAUGAAAAAGUAAGAAUCGGGGCGAGAAGCUGUGUCUGAGAUUUGAACGCCAGAAGGGAAAGUAUGUUGGUUGACCACUUCGGCGCUUCCCGUCUCCUGUCAAGCUGGGAAAAAGAUCCUCGUUAAGCGUUCGACCCUUUAUGGAGAACUAUGUAAAGCUCGAGAGGGUUGGAGAGGGGACGUACGGAGUCAUAUACAAAGCUAGAGAUGCCAAUACCGGCAAGAUUGUUGCACUCAAGAAAAUUCGGUUGGAGGAAGAGGAUGAGGGCGUACCCAGCACUGCAAUCCGAGAGAUAUCGUGGCUGAAAGAGCUUGACGAUGACAAUAUCGUUCGGCUGCUGAGCAUUGUUCAUUCCGAUACAAAACUCUAUCUUGUUUUUGAGUUUCUUGACCUGGACUUGAAGCGGUACAUGAAUGCCUUCACAAAACAAAAUGAGACGCUUGAACUCUCCACCGUUAAGCCCCAAAAUCUUCUUAUUGAUGCGGAGGGGAACUUGAAACUGGCGGACUUCGGGUUGGCGCAAACAUUCGGCAUCCCGCUAGCGAGAUAUCCGCGUGAGGCUGUUACAUUAUGGUACCGUGCCCCCGAGGUUCUUCUUGGCUCGAGGCAUCGUUCAACAGCAAUCGACAUGUGGUCUGUAGGCUGCAUCAUGGCCGAGAUGGUCAUGUCAGGCACUCCACUGUUCCCAGGAGAUUCGGAGAUUGACCAAAUCUUCAAGAUUUUCAAGAUUCUUGGGACGCCUCAUGAGACAACGUGGCCUGGAGUUUCUCAGCUGCCCGAUUUCAAGCCAACAUUCCCUCAGUGGACUGGGACGGGUUUGGGUGAAGCUGUUCACGAGAUAGAUCGUGUUGGGGCUGACUUACUGCAUUCAUUCCUCGUGUAUGAUACUGCGAGCCGCGUGUCUGCUAAACGAGCGCAGAAGCACCCCUGGUUUGGUAACAUGGAAUUAUAGCUCGCCAAUGGUACCAGCAACAGUUUACAGGAAUGACUACUGCUUUGACGAUGUGUGUUUCCGCCUACAUUUUCCUGUAGUGACCAGUGUCAAUCCGUCCGUAUCUCCCAUUGUUUGUGCUAUUCCACCUUCCUUCACCAACGAUUAUCGAUUCUCUAUUUGUCUAUCAUACUA